CACAGGUGCAUUUUGUUUCCUGACACCAGCGAACUGAAAUUUUACCCCGAUUCGAUUUUAGUGUAGGAGAUUGUAAAAUUUUUUCUAAAAUCUAAAGUCUGUUUUACAGCUUGCCAAAAUGUUUAUUUUCCAGAAAACAAUGUGAUCGGGAUUCUUGGGAGACCUAUAAGCAAACUCUUUUAAAUGACGCGAACACUGGGAAGACAGGGAGACUUGGAAAAUCAGCUGCGUUCUUGUUACGACGAUUUUAGUGUGUUUCUUUUGAAUCCUAACAUUUCUUCCAAAACGGUGCCUUAUUCGACUUACUGUAACGCUGCUUCUUAAAAUACCGAAUCUGAUGUUUCUCUGCAUGUAAGCCUUGGAUUUAAGUCUGCCAGGACUGGGAGAAAAGCUCGAAGAACUGCAGAUGGGGUCGUCAGAGUAUCGUCGUUUCCCGCGUCCUCCGGACAGUGUGAAUGUCCUUCAAGGAGAUCGUCAUCUAUCGGAAUGGGUGGCUAAGAUCGAGACACGCCUGCAAGUCAAUCCGCACGAUGCAGAAGGUUGGUUCGCGUUGGCUCGCGACGCUCAGACUCGUCCCAUUGAGCAGAUGCGCCAGUUCUGGGAGCGUUCUGUUUCACAUUUUCCUACUCAUCCCUAUUUUUGGAUGUUGUACAUUGACCAAGAAAUUAAAAGCAGCUACCAUGACGAAGCUGAGCGUUUGUUUGAACGUUGUUUGAAUAAGAUUCCCUCCAUCGAGCUUAAUCGUUUGCACGUAAGAUACGUAAUGCAGACUAAGCCACCGGUUAAUGCGUCCAAUCGCGAAAAAAUCUCCGAUGCCUACGCGAAGGCAGUUGAAAGGGUUGGUUUGGAUAUUGAUGCGGCAUCCUUGUACCUGGAAUAUAUUAGGUUUUUGAGGGAUUGCGAAGCAGUGGGCAGCUAUGCCGAACAACAGCGUGGCUUCGCCAUUAGGAAGGUUUUCCAGCAAGCGGUGGCGGUUCCGUUGAAUAACAUUGAAAUGAUGUGGAAAGAAUACUGCCAUUUUGAGCAAGAAUUUCAGGCUCAUUUAGCAGAAAAAAUCACUGCGGAACGCAGCCGCGAAUACACGACAGCCAAGAAAAAUGUUAAGAUAUUGGAAUCCAUUAUGCGCACUCUGCGGCGAGAUAAACUUCCGUCUCCGCCUCGUACGUUAAAUGAAGAGCGCCAUCAGAUUGAAAAUUGGAAGAAAUGGCUGACAUUCGAGCGGUCGAAUUCGUUACUGCUCGACGAUGCCAACCGAGUAGCAAAACGUAUUGCAUACGUAUACGAGAACUCACUGAUGUGCAUGCCCUACCGGAUCGACAUGUGGCUGGAAACAGCUGCGCACUACCGAGACUGGUCGGAAAAGGCAAUUGUCAGAGGUGACCAGUCAACCGCCCGGGAUGUUUUGAAUGCGGCGAUCUCCUGCCUGGAGAGAGCCAUCACAUUGUAUCCCGACCGUCCACUAUUCUACCUUGUCGUUGCCGACAUUGAGGAAUACCGAAAAAACAACAAAGGUGCCAAGAAAAUGUACGAACGCUGCUUGGAGAAGGUCAAGGACACCGACAAUCCCACGCUGCCCUAUAUCCACUACAUGUUGUUCACACGGCGCACGGAAGGCAUUCAGUCGGCGCGGAUUAUAUUCGGCCGAGCACGCCAAGAUCCACGCAUUACGCAGCAGAUAUUUGUGGCAUCCGCAUUGAUGGAGUUCUUUUGCACGAAAGAGAAGGAAGUAGCCUUGAAAAUCUCGGAAUUGGGCAUGAAGAAGUAUGCCGUUAAUGGGCAGUAUGCGAAGAUUUACUUAGACUUCCUCAUGAUGCAAAAUGAACAUAACAACGCCAAGCUGUUGGUGGAAAAAGCACUGAAACUGGACUCCCUGACUGUCCAGGAAAAACUGCUGAUUGCGGGCAAAAGUCUGGAUUAUGAGGCGUUGUUGGGCGAUUACGACAGUAUUCAGAAAUGCGAUAAAUCGCGCAUGGAUUUAUUAAAUCAGCUGCAGCUUCCCUCGUCGACUUCGCUAAUCGGAUCGUGCAUGGUUGGUCACUGGAACUACAUGGAUCUGAUGCCGCUGACCGAGAGUGAUUUGACCAAUAUGGACUACUUUGAGAAUCGUGAUGCCACCGGCGUAUGCAAACCGUCCCCGUUUGCCUUAUAUAAAGGUAAAGUCGAAGAAACCACGACAGCCAUCAAAGACCGGAUGAUCAUGCCGGAUCUGUCAGCCAUGAUUCCAUUCAAACCCCGAUCGCAGAACCGCGGAUAUCUAGCCGUGCGGGGCGGUGAUUAUGCCUUACCGGAAAGCCUGGAAAGUCUGAAACGUUUCCUCCCGCCUCCAGAGAGCUUUGCCGGGCCGUUCCCCGACUUGGAUCAGAUUAUACGGUUGGUGCUGGAAGAAGGUCCCAAGUCGUCGGUGGAGCUGCAGAGAGCGGUGGACGGGAUCGAUCCGGGUAUUCGACUGGUAUCCGAGGUUAUCGACACCGCCAGUGAAAUGGAAGAAAAGAACAAAACCGAAGUGGACGCUGACAGGCGGCUUGUGUCCGACAUAUAUCGUUCCCGGUUGGCGAAAAAGAUGAAAAUGGAAGCUGAAUAAACCGACAGUUGGGCGUAUGCGGUGACGCUAUUUUAUAAAGGAAUACAUGGUUUUUCGUAGUUUGUGGUUCCGCUGUCGGAGUCGCUCUUUGAUAAUCAUUUAGGGCGCUUAUACAGUAUGCCGAACUUCAUAGUUGGGCUUUUGAUGGAAUAGGAUGCAGAUAUGCGGUCUUGUUACGGGCUUUACAUUUAUUGUAUGUUAUGGUUUGUAAACGUUCACGAUUUUUCCACAAACUUUUAUGUUAGCAAUGUUAGCUACGACACGAACGGUAUAAAUUCCGCGGUGUAAUAAAGCUCACGGGAACUGA